ACGGUUGACUGCUGCUCCUGAAAUCAGCUCAGAGCUCGGAUACAAAACCAAGAGCGUCGCUCUUUUAGCAGCUUAGUUCUCCCGCAUCUGUUCCACUACACCUUCUGCUGUGCGCCGGAACUUUUAUCAUUCACUGACUGCAGCGCGUUUAGACCUGCAACUUAUCAAAAGCAGAGGCACAGCUUGGAUAACGCUCUCAUUUUUUCCUGCAAACCUUCCUCUCUUGCUGUGACUGGUGUCAAAGGUGAUGGUAUCAUUCUGUAACUCCCCAGGUGAUGGUAUGUCUUUUUGGAGAUAGGGGCCACUUUUGGAAACGCGCUAGGUUUUCCACAACUGUUAUUUUUUCUGCUGCAACCUUCGCUUUGGCUCAAGCAUGGCUCUCUACUCUCGGUUUGUGGUCGUGCUGCUUUACGGAUGGAGUUAUCUGUGCGUUGGAUACUGCGCGAUGCUGAAAACAGACAAUUUCCCCGAGAGACGAAAGGUGGAUUUUACGCAUUCGGAGGAUAAAAAGCACCCAGAGAAACACGAGCAGGAUCUGCUUUUACAGGAUACAAUGACGGAACACAUGCAGAUGCUUUACGCGAAGUACAACCGGGCUGGGUUUCCCUUCAAGGACGGCAACACUGUCCGCAGUUUCAAAGCGCACUGGGGUACGAUAAACAAGAAGCAGCUGCAGAUUUUCAACCUCACCUCCCUCACCAAGUCAGAGGACGUUCUGUCAGCCACUCUUCAUUAUUACAUUGGAGACCUUCAGAACAGCACCCAGGGCUGCUCCAGGUCCAAAAGCUGCGGACGCCACGGCCCGAGGAGGCACAACCACAUCCACAUGGUCAUCUGGAGCUUCGCCUCUGUGGAUAACAAGAUAAGGACUCUAGGACACUUUCGGAUCAAUGUGUCCACCCUCUACAGGGACUUCAUAUCUUGGCAGUGGAAGGACAUAACUCGUGUGGUCAACCAGGCCAGACACCACGACGAGCUGCUCAUUGGAAUCGAUGUGGCCUCACAAGGACCUCAGCCAUGGAAGAAGCUCCUGUCUGACCGCUCACCCUACAUCCUGGUCUACGCCAACGACUCUGCCAUUUCAGAACCUGAAAGUGUGGUAGCCACCCUCCAGAGACAUCACCCGGUGGGAGGGGAGGGCUCCAUUUCACACAGCUUCCAAAAACUGGGACUGCGUGAGCGAAACAACACUGAACAAGAGCAGCCGCAGCCCAGACACAAGCGCUCGGUGAACGUUCUGCUCCCGUUGCAAAACAAUGAACUUCCCGGGCCAGAGUAUCCGUACGAGACAACCGGGUGGGACGAGACGAGUCCAUAUGAACCUUUUGAAAACAAGCAGGCCCGUCGGCCGCGUAAAAAGACACGCAAGAACCAGCGGCACAAGAUGCCCCUACUGCAGUUCGACGAGCAGACAAUUAAAAAGGCAAGAAAGAAGCAGUGGAACGAGCCCAGGAACUGCGCUCGGAGAUACCUGAAAGUGGACUUUGCUGACAUCGGAUGGAGUGAAUGGAUUAUAUCACCCAAGUCGUUUGAUGCCUACUACUGCUCAGGGUCCUGCCAGUUCCCCAUGCCAAAGGCUCUGAAGCCCUCGAACCACGCCACCAUCCAGAGCAUAGUGCGGGCAGUGGGCGUCGUCCCAGGCAUCCCAGAACCGUGCUGCGUCCCAGAGAAGAUGUCCUCCCUCAGCAUCCUCUUCUUUGACGAGGACAAGAACGUGGUGCUGAAAGUCUACCCCAACAUGACUGUAGAUUCUUGCGCCUGUAGAUAGUUUUUUUGUCCUUCAACGCCUGUUCACAUAAAACUCAUGUCACAUAGAAAAGAAAAAAAAAAAUCAACACAUGCAGCCAAACGACACUCUCUCCUCCUGUCUAGUCUUACACUCACUCUCAAACACCCAUUGAACACAGCUUCCCUUUUGCACUGGAGGAGAGUACUGCCUGUUGUUCCAGGUGAAGAGGAGACUGGUCUGUUCGUUGGAAGGAACGGAUCGUGUGAGUUAUCCUCGUGGAAGAUGACUGGAAUGGAAAUCUCCAUGCUCCAAUUUCACCACCGGCACCACUGUUUAUCUUCAUGUCUUUAUCAUCGCUGCUCAGUUAUCCGUUGGGCGAUAGCACGGUGAUGGAAUCAUAAACUCACCAGCAAGAUACAUAAAUACCGAUCGAGGCCUAAGAGACAGAAACUGAAGGAAAAAUCACUUUUCAGGAAAAAUGAUCUCAGUUUGAACUGAUGCCUCUGAGGGGGGGUCAUGCUCAUCUUUCUCUCCUCCACAGCUUGAGGUUGUCUUUGGUCAUUACCACCAAGUCACCUAUGCUCGCACUUGCAUGGUUUUUGUUACUAUUUGUAUGUAUUUAUGUCUGUACUAUCACUGUGUUAUUCACUAUAUGAAAAGUUAUUGUAUAAUUAUUGGCUUGGCUGCUAUAGAGAGAUAUAUUAAAUUCCAAAGCCAGACUUGUGACGUAGACGGUACAGUAGAUAGCCGUACAUAUUUGUGUUUAGAUCACUGCUCCAUUGUUGUACAGAACCCACAUCUUAAGAGUUUAUUAUAUGCGGAAGUGUAAGCUACUUUUCAUUUGUGGUCUUCAUUGACAGAUGGAGUUUUGGAGGAGACCUCAUUAUACCUUUGCUUCGCCAAGAAAAUGUUUAACAAGUAAACUUCAGAUUUGAUUUUGAAAGAUAAAGGGACAUAUCAAAAGGAGAAAGUAAUACAGUGAACUGUCAUCAUGUGUUUAUUACAAGUGUAAAACCACAGGACUCUAAAAGCCACUUGAUGCUUGGGUGGAAUUCUGAAACCCCUGUUGGACCUGAUAAGCUCGGAAAGAAAUCAAAUAAGUCGUGGAACUUGGCAGGCAUAAAAGAUAAAUACUGGUGGUUUCAAUGAGCCUGAUAUCAGACUGAACCUAUUUGCUUUUGGCAUUAAAGUUCAGGACAUGUUGCCAUUACAUUCUGUUCAUUCUGUUUAAAAUUAUGUUUUGUAUUUUCAGCAUAGAAUGACAUUUAUGUAGAAAAAAUAUUAUAAACUGCCAAAAUGCUUCUAGAAAUAUUUUUUUAACAACCAAGACAUCAAAAAAGUCACUAUCAAGUCAAGAUACACUGCUGGUCUGGAAUCAGUUUUACUCUACAGAUCCUGAAAGGAUACGUUUGGUAUUUUUCAACCUGGACCCUAUUUUCAUGUUUUUGUGUUUAUGUGAUUACAGGGAGCCAUAGUCAUAGUUUUUAAAAAAAAAAAAUUGGUCCAGUAUCGAGCAGCAAAGCAGGCUGCAGUCUAAAUAUUCGGGGCAUGUUCACACCGUCAAUUCACGUCCACUGAAAGUGCUUGUUUUUGUCACUGACAGGCUUAGAUUGUUAUUCUAAGUGUCUGACAACUUGUAGAAAGAG